AUGGCAGCCGUACGUGCUGUUGUGUACUUUGGGCUACUGCUGUCGUUGAAGAGGGUUCCAUUACCAGUAUCUGCUUCCAGCACGGGCGAAGACAAGGAAUGCCGGACAGGCGAGAUCCCUGAGUUUCCCACUUUUUUGCAGAUGGGGCUAAAUCUGCAGUCUCUGGGUGAGGACGAUGGAGGUCACUCGUCCGCUAUGCUGUCAAAGGUGCGCACAGGGAAGGCUCCGUGCCCGAGCUUGUUUCCAGACUGCGUUUCGCUGCCGCAGAUCUGUGAGAACAGCAGUCCUAACAUGUUUAGGCUGGGCCGAGCCAAUGCGGCCGGCAGUGCCAAUAAUCCGGAUAACCUGGUGCUGGACUUGACAAACGUAUUGGCCAACAGAGCCAAGGUUCAGGUUCUGGUCAUGGCUCUCUUCAAAGAAGGUGCCUACACAGACGAUCAAGGGCUGCUUGCCGAGCGCGCAACCCCAUUGGAAGACACUAGCUCCACUUUGCUGGAGCUUCGCCUGUCAGCAGACGGUCGCAGCGUGGAUGUGUAUAAGCCGGCCAUGGACUUGAGGACCUCGGAUCCUCAAUCGGUCUACGCCCUUCGAGCUGGGGUCGGGAAUGGGCUGCAGGCUUCCGUGCCUCGGCUCCACUGCACAAGCGGGACAAGCGGGACAAGCGGGACAAGCGGGCAAGAGCGCGUCAUUGUGGAUAUGAGCACUCUUCUCGAGCUUGGCUUCUUCGUGGUUGACACCUCCACCCUCGGUUUCGAGACAACGAUCAUCAAGGCCAAGGACUAUCCCACCAACCUGGACAUCACCGUAGACUAUGGCCCACGUGUGCCACUGCUGCGCGUGGGCUACACUAUGGUUUUGCUCCCAGAGGUGCCCAUGGCGGCCCGAGAGAAUGACGACCGCUUGCUCUACUUCGACACUCAGUACCGAGACAAAGGCAGCCACAGAAAGCAGGUGCGACAAAAGCUAAGCGAAGCUGUGGACAGCCAUGUUUCCAUGAUUUGGAGGUAUAACCUGCGGCGGCUGCCGGAUCACACGAUUCGCUUCUACGUCGAUCCGAGCGUGCCCCUGCGAUGGCGUCCAUACUUCAAGAAGGGUAUCGAAGCUUGGAAUGAAGCCUUCACUUUGAUUGAGCGGCCGGCCGCCGUGCGGGCCAUCCUGCCUGGAGACGAGGAUUGGCCAGAUGACUACGACAUGUCCGAUGUGCGCUUCAGUGCCAUCACCUGGGAUGUUUCUGAGGAGACCCUCAGCAUGGGCAUCGCAAAGGUCGAUCCCAGAAGUGGGGAGAUUCUGAAAUGCGACGUGAUCAUGGGAGACUCUUGGGUGAAGUCUUACCUGGACGAGCUUGAGAUGGAGUGGGUGAACUUCACCAACUUCCUCAGCAAGACACCAUCGGUGUCGGUGCUCAUGCAGCAAGGGCUCGUAGAGCCUGGAAAAACCCCACUGCGCAGGAUCCUUGAGCUUCUUCAGCAGGGGAGCGCAGACCGGAAAUCCCGAAGCUUCGGAUUUGCUGCUGCCUACAUGCAGAAGCGGCUGCCAAGCAAUGAGCUUCAGGCGCUGCUGGGCUCUGGGCUGCAGGAGAUCGUCACACAUGAGGUCGGCCACUGCCUGGGAUUGCGGCAUAACUUCAAGGGCUCUCUCGGAGUCAGCCAGGACUGCCUCAGAGACUUUCACUGCACAGCCCUGCAUGGCACUACGGCAAGCGUUAUGGACUACGUCCCCGUGAACCUCCCCAGGCCUGGGGAAGCACUGACGCACGUUUGGUCUCCGACCAUUGGCGAGUACGACAAGCUCGUCAUCCGCUAUGGCUACACACAUAUGCAGAGUCCAGCUAAUGAUCCUGGCCUCGAAAAAGUACUAGAGGAUGUCCGCAGGCUCGCCGAGGGCAUGCAAACCUGCUACGACGACGACCUUUAUUUGGGCGAAGACCCGUCUUGCUUGGACUAUGACCUGUCUGCAGACCCUCUGGCCUACUGGGAGCAGCAGCUCGACCUCUAUGCGGACGUGCAGCGAAAUUUGCUGGAGAUGUCCGUGGCCCCGAGGGAAUCCUACAACCUCUAUGGGCGGGCGGUGCACUCCAUCCUGGCCGGAUUUCUGCCGGAGAUGGGUAUCAACGCAGUAUACUACCUCGGAGGGAUCAACAACACCUAUCUGCACAAAUACCCGGACCAGUCUCGUCGAGCCAGGCAACCGAUGCCAGCAGACACACAGCGACGGGCUCUGGCCAUCAUUCUGCGCAUCCUUCGCCCGAAUAGCCAGGGACUGCUCCCACCAGCCUCUAACUGGCCAUACUUGGUGAAUGGCAACCAGUUGGAUGGCGCCAUCGAGAGCGUGGACCUCACGGACCUCGUGCGCCGACUCCGGCGGCUCCUGCUGGAGGAAGCUCUUCGCUUCGAGCGUCUUCUGCAGGUUCACAAGCAGGAGAACCUCUUGGGCCCCACGGAGGCGGAUGCCUUCCCGGUGUCGGAGUUCUUGUCUACCCUUGUGUAUGGAGUCAUGAGCGCAGGGCUCGAUAAGAUUACCUCAGACGAUGAGCGGGAUCUCCAGCGGAUCUUUGUGCAGAUCUUGUCCUCCAAGCUGCCAUCGGACACAGAGUUUAUACCUGCCGAGGUCAUGACCCAGCUGCAAUAUUUUCGCAGCUUCAUUCAUGAAAUGGCCGAAGGUGCCUUGGAUCGUCUUCCCACUACGGCCAAUGGGGCCGAAUGGAGCCAAUGCGCGGCCUUCAAUCAGACCUGCACCUGCACAGGCCUAGUGCGCUUGAGGAUCGAGAACCGCAGUAGCUCUGGGCUUUGGUCAGGUACCUUCAAACGGUGUCUGCCCAACGACUUUAUGCUCAACGCCUCAGACACGGAUUCACCGCUCUCUUGGUGCGAGUGCCUCUCGUUAACGAAGACUGACCUGGACCAGAGAGAGGCUCAACGACUGCACGUCGAGUCACUCAGACACAUGCUCACAAGCGUUGUUCCAGGCAAAGUAUGA